AUGGACGACCUCUACGACGAGUUCGGCAAUUUUAUCGGCGAGGCAGUGUCCGACGAAGAGAGCGUUGAGGCGGGCGAUGAUGGUCAAAAUUACGUCUACGACGAGGACUCGGACGGCGAGCCACAACCCCACGAGGAUGGGUUGAUGGAAGUCGACGAUGAGCCGCCAUCGAACGCCGUCAUAUUACAUGAGGACAAGCAAUACUACCCCACGGCGCAACAGGUUUAUGGCGAAGAUGUCGAGACCAUGGUGCAGGAGGAAGACGCGCAGCCCCUCACGCAGCCGAUCAUAGCGCCAGUCACACAGAAGAAGUUUCAAGUGCAAGAGGCGGAUCUGCCACCCGUGUACUACUCGCGCGAGUUCAUGACCGAUCUUCUGAGCUUCCCGGAAGGCAUUCGGAAUAUUGCAGUCGCGGGGCAUCUACACCAUGGCAAGACGGCGUUUGUGGACAUGCUGGUUAUGCAGACCCACGAUCUCCAAGACAGACUUGACAAGAGAAUAGGUCGGAAACGAGACGAGCAGCUCAGAUAUACAGACACUCAUUUCCUGGAAAGAGAACGCGGUGUCUCAAUCAAGGCUGCGCCGAUCAGUUUGGUUAUGCAAGGUACGAGGGGGAAGUCGCAUAUCCUCAACAUCAUAGACACACCGGGCCACGUCAAUUUUGUCGAUGAGGUCGCGUCGAGCCUGCGACUGGUAGACGGUGUCGUGUUGGUAGUGGAUGUUGUCGAGGGCGUUCAAAUCAACACCGAGCAGGUCAUCAAGCACGCUGUGCUAGAAGAUUUACCCAUGGUUUUGGUGGUGAAUAAGAUGGACCGUCUGAUUCUGGAGCUUAAGAUCCCACCUACCGACGCGUAUUUCAAGUUGAAGCAUGUGGUUGAAGAGGUUAACACCAUCAUCGAGAACACGAUCCCCGGUCGUGGCGAAAGCAAGAGACUGUCGCCGGAGAAGGGCAAUGUCGCCUUUGCCUGCACAUCCAUGGACUGGGUGUUCACUCUGCAGUCGUUUGCGAAGAUGUACGCAGAGACGUACCCCAAAGUUGACGCCGCGGAGUUCGCGAAGAGAUUAUGGGGAGAUAUUUUCUUUAACCCUCAAAGUCGAAAGUUCACCCGGAAGGGAGUUGAAGAAGGGGCAAAGCGAUCCUUUGUCAAUUUCGUCCUCGAACCUAUCUACAAGCUCUAUUCACAUACCAUCAGCGAAAGCCCGGAAGACCUGGCAGCAACCCUGGAUACACUGCGAAUCAAGCUGAAGCCGUCACAACUCAAGUCCGAUGCCAAGGAUCUGCUGAAACUUGUUUGUGCGCAGUUCUUCGGACCUGCAGACGGUUUUGUAGACAUGAUUGUACAGCAUGUGCCUUCACCAGUCGAUGGCGCAAAGAGAAUGUUGGACAAUUACUACACUGGCAGCCAAGACGGCGCUGUGGGAGAGUCUAUGACGAAGUGUGAUUCGGACGGUCCCCUAGUGGUACAUGUCACGAAGCUUUUCAGUUCACCGGACGCCAAAACGUUCAAUGCUUUCGGUCGCAUCAUGUCCGGAACCGCAUCGCCUGACCAGGUUGUACGCGUUCUCGGCGAAUCUUAUAGUCUUGAAGAUGAGGAAGACUCAACCAACGCGACGAUUACUGCCACCUUUCUCGGCUGCUCGAGGUAUAAUAUACCUGUUUCGGGCGUACCAGCUGGCAAUCUGGUCCUGCUUUCUGGAAUCGAUAAUUCGAUUGUCAAGACUGCGACUGUCAUCGCAGAGAAAUUCCCGAGUAAUGAAGACGCCUAUAUUUUCAGACCCAUUCGACACUUUACGGAGUCUGUUUUCAAGGUCGCCGUGGAGCCAGUUAACCCGUCCGAGUUGCCAAAGAUGCUCGAGGGGUUGCGCAAGAUCAAUAAAUCGUACCCUCUCAUCACAACAAAAGUCGAAGAAUCAGGCGAGCACGUUGUUCUUGGUACGGGCGAACUGUACAUGGAUUGUGUCUUGCACGAUCUCCGGACGCUGUUUGCCGAGAUGGAUAUCAAAGUCUCUGACCCAGUGACCAGAUUCUGCGAGACGGUCACCGAGACGAGCGCCAUCAUGUGCUACGCCUUGACGCCGAACAAGAAAAAUAAGCUGACUAUGAUCGCCGAGCCAUUGGAUGACGGUAUAGCCGAGGAUAUAGAGGCCGGUGUUGUCAAGAUCCGGGAUCCUAUCCGUCGUGUUGCAAAGUUCUUUGAAGAAAAGUACGAAUGGGACAAGCUUGCCGCGAGAUCGAUCUGGGCUUUCGGACCUGAUGAAAUGGGGCCCAAUGUUCUCUGUGACGAUACCCUGCCAUCAAACACUGACAAGAAAUUGCUGAAAACGGUCCAAGAGAGCAUCAAGCAGGGCUUCUCGUGGGGUACGCGUGAAGGACCUCUUUGUGAAGAGCCAAUCCGCAACACCAAGUUUAGGCUCACUGGUGCUGAGCUCGCUGCGGAACCGAUCUAUCGUGGUGGCGGACAGAUCAUCCCGACAGCUCGAAGAGCCGUAUACAGUUCGUUCCUGAUGGCUGGACCUCGACUCAUGGAGCCAAUUUACAGUGUGCAUAUGACUGGCCCCGCGGACUCGAUUUCAGGCCUGUAUACGGUUUUGAUGAAGAGACGUGGGCAUGUCGUCUCCGACGGUCCCGUCGCAGGGACGCCUCUGUACGCUGCAAAGGCGCUUCUUCCCGUCAUUGACAGCUUUGGCUUCGAGACCGAUCUGCGUAUUCACAGUCAAGGUGCGGCCAGCGUUUCACUUGUUUUUGAUCGGUGGGACGUCGUGCCAGGCGACCCUCUUGACAAAAGCAUUCGUAUUCGGCCUUUGGAAAUGGCCGGACCCCAGCAGGCUGCUCGCGAUUUCGUCCUCAAGACGAGGAGAAGAAAGGGCCUUAGUGAGGAUGUCGAUGUUAAGAGGUUUUUGGAGCCAGAUUUGUUGGCUGGUCUGCGUGAGAGUGGCGUCUUGGAUUGA